AUGACGUACCUCACGCAGGGGUUGUGCCGCCUCUUCACACUUGUUGGCGGAGGCGCCAUCUCGCUCGACAUCCAAGACGUCAUCGGUCCCAAUGGGCCCACCACGGGGGCGGAUGGUACGGUGAUCGACCUCCCCUCUGACGCCGAGGACGUUGAGUUGGAGGACGAGCCGGAGGUGGCUCCCGCGCCAAGCCCCGCCGUCCCAGACACAACGGUGGUGGCGCCCACCGCCGCUACCGGAGUGGGGCUCGGCGGCACGCCCCCGGCCUCGCAGGCCGGGGGCGCGGGUCCCGCGGCUGCCCCGCAGGAGACGACUCCUGCCGGGGGCGCGGCCCCUCCACCAGACCCGCAACCCACGGGCGCAGGUGUGGAGGAAGACGUGGUAGUGGAGCAGCAGGCGGCCACCUGCAAGGGGAAGAUGCUCUACAUGGUGAGGGAGCACCAUGAGCUCGCGAAGCUUCAGCUGGGUGAAGUGCGGGACGUCGAGAGGGAGCGGCAAGAGCUCUCCCGGCAAAGGGAGGAGACCCAGCAGGCCAGGGACGAGGCCACAACGCCAGUCAUCCCCGAGGCGGAGCUCCACCGGCAGUUGGAAGCCCAACGCGCCGAGCACCAGCAAGUAUUGGACUUGCUGGCCGCGGCACGGGAGAAGGCCAACAAGGAGCAUGAGGACGUGCUAGCAACAGCUCAAGCUCGCCUCAACGAGAAGUGCGAGCUGGUCAGCGGCUACUCCUCCCAACUCCAGGCGUUGCGUGUGAAGCUGGAGGAGCAGGCCAAGGCCGCGGAGGACGCAGCAGCGGCGUCGACACGGCGGGAGAAGGAGCUGCAGGAGCAGUUCCGGACCCGGGAGCUUGAACUCGAGGGGGAGCUCAAUUUCGCCAAGGAAAGGAGCGCCCGUCUCGAGUCCGAGCCGACCACCGCCCAGGGCGAGCUCGCGCUGCUGGACACGUGGUCGGACAGCGAGGACGGUCUCUCCCACACCAAGGCAGUGGGCAAGUUCAUCGAUGAAGUGGUGGAGCGGAUGUAG